AGUUGCAUCUCCUUCACUCUUCCUAUAAAUAUGACCACAGGCUCUAUUUCAUUUCUACUCCAUUCCUCUCAUUUCUCCAAUUCUCAUUCCCUAAUUUCUACCCCACCACCUUUCCAGUCCCUCAUCAGCCACAGCAACCAUGAAGAACUGCGAAAAAUCUCAAAUCCUAAUGCUUUCUCUGAUAGCCAUUCUUCUCAUCGUCACACCUCUUUUAUCCUCGUCAGUAAGAACUACCUAUCUCUACAUCAUCACUAACCUCCUCAUCAUUGCCCUCGGAGCACAGGCCGGUGUUCUUAGAGCCUUUUCCAAGCCUAUAGAUCAUGAGAAGAAGAACCCAGUUUCUGUUCCUCAAAAACCUGUGUUGGCGGUGCCCUCAGAAUUAGCCUCUACUGAGAAAAGGGUUGCUGCCCAAAAUGAUGAAGAUCAAAGGGUUACUUCGGAAUGUUCCGAAAAGAAUGGUGCUAAUAAGGUUGUUGCAAAAAGCAAGUCUCAGAAGGUUACUUGCACUGUGAAAAUGGAGAGCGUGAAAAAGUGUCCUUCCAUGCCUAGCCUUUUCUUCAUAGGUGGUGGUGAGACUGAGACUGAAUUAGGAGCUCAUAAUGAUGAUGAUGAUGAGGUUGAGGACUUCCAUCAAGUAGAGGAGGAAGAAGAUGUAGCAGAUCUUAGUGGUCAAGAGCUAUUAAUCAAAGCUGAGACUUUUAUCGGGAACUUCUACAAGCAGUUGAAGAUGCAGAGGGAAGAGUCAUGGAAAAGGAUUCAUGGGAUUUAUCACAAAGCCUUCUAAUGACUGGGUCAUUGGUUUUUGGAGUUGUGAUUUGUCAGUGGCCGGGGAACCGUAUCAUUCAACUAUCAUGGUUCUUUUCAAAUACUGGUUUUGUACAGACUUUGUGUAGGGGUUAUGCUAGAUUAUUCCUGUUUUCACAACAAGGGGGCUAGCUUGUCAACAAAAACAAAGGGGAUAUUGGUUAAUUACAUAUAAAAUUUCUUGUAUUGAACGACUAUCAUUUCAACUAAUGUAUGAAUAUAAGUUUUGAUUUA